AUGGAUCAUUCUGUAAAUGAUCCAAACUCAAUGUACUUCCCUUUGCCUAUCCAUAAUCCAUCUCCACCAAGAUCGGUUUUUCCUCAGGCUCCUGUCAAUUAUCCUUCUAUAAAUCAGAUAAGGUUGCCUGAUUUGAUGUCUCACUCUGAUCUUAUGAGGAUGGAGAAGCAACACAUGGACUUGUUUUGGCAAAGCCAGAAGACGCGUUUUGAAAACCUUCAAGCUUCAGAUUACAAGAACCAUGAGUUUGCAAAGUCCAGAAUGAAGAGGUUGGUGAAAUCGAGCAACUCUGCACAGAAGGUCAAGGCUGAAUCACCCUUCAUCCUGGCAAAGGCUUGUGAGCUUCUCAUAGAGGACAUAGCCAGGCGUUCAUGGCUGAGAACUAAAAAUAACCGGAGACGGAGCCUUGAAAAAUCAGAUAUUAUAAAUGCAAUGUUAGACUCGAAGGAACACAGCUUCCUGAUCGACAAAAUCAUAACAGAUAGCAACCAGCAGAAUGAAGGAACUAGUUCCCAACCUGGAGUUUAG